GCUUAAUUGACUAUAAUAUGCGUUAAGUCAUAUUGGAGUGCAAGAUUAAUUAACUUCGUAAUCUUUUAACUUUACAAAACCGAAAUUAGUGCAAAUUUGCUAAUCGAAGUACAAUUACUUAGUCAGUACUGCAGAUCGUGUGACAAGAACAAUGACAUGAAUACUCUAUCAUGUAUCUCCUUUCUGCUAAAACAUUUAUUUGAAAUUUGUAAGGUUAUGUUCUUGCAUGUUUAUCCUAGUCAGCAAUUCUUAAGGUGAUAAGUCAGUGAACAGUUAAACAAAAAUCAGAAUGGGAAAUGAAUCAGUGGAAGAAAGUAAACCUGAAUGUUCUUUCAAGUUCCAUGAGUUUAUGACUGAUAUUGGUGACAAAUCUAUAGCUUGCCACAUAAUCAAAAUGGAAAAUUGUCUUUACUUAUGGUUGGGUGAUUUCAAUGAAAAUGCCAUGAAUGAUUUGUCAUUCGCAAUUGUAUCACCUUAUGAGAAACAACCACUUGCGACAAAAAUUAUGGGGCCAGUUGUUAACGAAGCUUCAAGCAACCUUGCUCAAAGACUCUCAAAGAAGCUGUCGAAGCCUGUGUAUGUCAGUUUCAAUAUUGAAGUUGAUUAUAAGUCUUUACCUGCUAUUGAGAGGAGACUACGAGAUGAAUUUAAUGCACACCCUGAAAUUUUGUAAUGUAAUGAAUGGAACGAAGAAUUAAAAGAAUGGUGUCAUUAAUUUGGAACACUAGAAUAUUUAUGACAUUUGAAUGAGAAUGGAAGAUUGAAUAAG